CAUCCCUAAAGAUCCUCCGUGUGACCACGGCCCCGUUAACCUCACGACCUCUUUUACACCAUCUUGCUGGAUAUCUCCAGAUCCUCCUCUGUCCAGGAAUUCCCCUAAACUAUCUCAAAAUCUAUCGUCUUGCUUGCUAUCCUAUUGUUGAGCACAUAGCCUCGAUGAGUCUGACACCUCUCCGCGAUCACACGAGCUCGAACAUCCAUAAUGGCAGCCGUCGAGGGUAUAUUGUACUGCGCAGAUCACCCAAGGAGCGACUAUGGGUCUGCUACAACCACGAUUGGGUGGGAUGAGGAGGAUACACGGAUAAGGCUGAAGCUCAUCGCGAGAGCAUGGAUUCAAUCGCGUACGCCAGGCCACCAUGGAGGUGCACCGCGGACAAAAAUGAGCGUACUUCCGCAUUCGGGUUAUACGUGGCCCUGCAGAUGGGAUCCGACUCCUUUGAAAGUUUCAGGAAGUUUGGAUGUUGUUCGUGGAAGAAGACCUCGACCAGACGACCAAGACGUCAACAUACUCGAACCUCACACAAAUGCCUAUGCAGAGAAGCACGCACACGAUUCUGACGAAGCGCGAAUUACCCCUCCUUCUUCGGUCAGAAAAGAAACAGACAAGUCACUGUUCUGCGACCCUACUAUGGCCCCUUCGGUGGACUUUCAAUCUCAGGAUGGAUUCCAGCAAGCUGCCAAGAAGAAGAAUGCCAAAAAUGCCAAAAACGCAGCAGCAAAGAACAAAUGGGACGGUGAUGAAGACGAAGACGGAAGUAAGAAGGAGGAGGGUGAGGGAAAUAAUGAUGGGGACAAGGGAGGCGACACUGGCGCUGGCGGUAGUGACGAUAAGAAGGAGGAGACGAAUGGAGGUGGAAAUGGUAACGGAGAUGCCAACCCAGAUGAUGCCUGGGAUAGCUUCCUGCCAGCGAAGUCGAAAAAGAAGGGAAAGAAAGGCAAACUUGAGGACCCAACACCCGAGCCAGCACCCGCAGCCGAGGACAAGCCAGAUCUCUUCCAUGAAAUCAAACUUGACGAUGCGCCUAUUCUUGACUUGAAUUUUGAUACGGGGACAAAGUCAAGUGGAGGGUUUGGAGCGUGGGGAAGCAGUUGGAAUACUGGCACAACAAAUACCUGGGACUUUUCUGCGACAACUGGCACAUCCACCACCGACACCAAAAGCAAAGAUACUGAAAUUGAUAACAAUCCAUGGAGUAUCAAUCGUUCCAAGCCUAAGAAAAAGACAACAACUUUCUCAUUCGGAGCUUUGGAUGAAGAGGAAUCGAAGCCAGAAGAGCCUGAUCCGCCUCCACCAGCAGAGACAAAGGCCGAUGAUGGCUUUGACUUCGGCUUCUCGAGCAAAAAGAAGAAGAAGAAGGGUGGUGUUUUCGACUUUCAAAUAGAUGAAGAGCCAGCAAAAGAAGAGCCGACUCCAGCUGCGGAACCUGCUGAAGAUGAUUGGGGAGGAGGAUGGGGAACCACGGCCAAAAGCAAAAAGAAGGGCAAGAAGGCUGCGGAGCCAGAUCCCCCAAAAGAAGAGCUUAAAGUGGAGGAGCCAGCACCUGUGGAGAAUGUAUGGUCAUUGCCCAGUUCGAAGAAGGACAAGAAAAAGAAAGGCAAGAAUGCAUUCGAAGAAAAGACUGAGGAACCAGCUCCUCCUGUUACUGUUCUUGAACCCGAGUCAGAAGCUGCGGCUGAAGAGUUUGGUUGGGGCUCCUUCGCUUCUAAGAAAGACAAGAAGAAAAAGGGGAAGAAUGCCAUUGAGGAAGUCUCCCAAGCUGAUGACCCUCCGCCCGCAGUCCAAGAACCAGAACCGGCAGUGGAACCGGUUGCAGACGACUUUGGAUGGGGCUCUUUUGGUGGCUCUAAGAAGGACAAGAAAAAGAAGGGCAAAGGUCUGAUUGAAGAAGUCUCCAAAAUCGAGGAAACCCCUGUUGUCGUCCCAGAACCCGACCCAGUUCCAGAACCUGUAGAGGAUUUUGGCUGGGGAUCCUUUGGUACCAAAAAGGAUAAGAAGAAAAAGGGUAAGAUUGCAGAAGAAACUUCCAAGAUUGAGGAGACACCUGCGCCAGACCCUGAACCCGAGCCAGUCGUUGAGGUUGCCGAAGAGUUUGGAUGGGGAUCCUUUUCAACUUCUAAGAAGAAGAAGAAAGGUAAGAAUGCUAUCGACGAAAUUCCAAAGGCCGAAGAAAUUCCUGUCCCAGAACCAGAACCCGAGCCGAUAAUCGAUGAUUUUGCAUGGAGCGUUGGCACUUCUAAGAAGGACAAGAAAAAGAAAGGUAAGAAAGAUGCAGAGGAUCCUCCCAUUGCCGAUGAUAUCCCGCCCCCGGAGCCUGAAAAGGAGAAGGAGAUAGAACCCAUCGUUGAUGACUUUGCCUGGGGCACGACAUCCAAGAAGGACAAGAAGAAAAAGGGAAAGACUGCUGUAGUCGAUGAGCCCAAGAUCGAGGAACCUGUCAUUCCAGAGGUCGAAAAGGAGAAAGAGGAAUCAGUGGCUGAUGAUUUUGGCUGGGGAUCUUUCUCAACUUCCAAGAAGGACAAGAAAAAGAAGGGUAAGAGCGUGGUUAUUGACGACGAGCCCAAGAUCGAACUUCUCCCAGCUCCUGAACCUGAAAAGAAGGAGGAGAAGGAAGAGCCUGUGGUUGAUGACGGCUGGGGAUCCUUUGGCACCAAGAAGGACAAGAAGAAAAAAGGCAAGAACGCCAUAGCCGAUCCCACCGUCGAAGCACCACCUCCCCCACCCCCUGAGCCUGAAAAAGCUGAACCGGAGCCGGAACCGGUGGAAGAAUUUGGCUGGGGCUCUUUUGGCUCCAAAAAAGACAAGAAGAAAAAGGGCAAAGCUACUGCUAUUGAGGAAACCCCGAAAGUGGAAGAGCCGCCUGCUCCUGAGCCAGAGCCAGAACCACCUGCUGAUGAUUUUGGAUUCUCGUUUGGUAGCUCGAAAAAGGACAAGAAGAAAAAGGGUAAGCUUGCCGAGGAACCGGCCAAGAAGUCUGAAGAAGUCAUUCCACCACCACCAACUGAGCCUGAGCCUGAGCCUGAGAAAGUCGACGAUGACUUUGGCUGGGGAUCAUUCGGUACCAAGAAGGACAAGAAAAAGAAGGGCAAAGGCGUCUCGGAGGAACCCUCCAAAAAAAUAGAAGAGAUUCCGCCACCGCCCCCAGCGGAUCCUGAGCCUGACCCCGAACCGGCUGAAGAGUUUGGGUGGGGUUCUUUUGGCACUAAGAAGGACAAGAAAAAGAAGGGCAAAAAUGCCGUUGAAGACCCGCCCAAGAAAUCCGAAGAAGUCUUGCCUCCACCACCAGAAGAGCCUGAGCCUGAGCCAGAAAGGGUCGAAGAUGACGGUUGGGGCUCUUUUUCGACUAAGAAGGAUAAGAAAAAGAAGGGCAAAGGAUCCUGAGCCCGAACCCGUGGUCGAAGCCGAGUCUUGGGGCAGCAGUAUCUGGGGAUCCAAGAAAGAUAAGAAGAAGGGUAAGAACACUGUCGAAGAACCACCAAAACCGAAGGAUCCUGAGCCUGAACCCGAACCAAUCUCCCUUGAGGACGAUGGUGGUUGGGGAUCAUUUGGUACCUCAAAGAAAGAUAAGAAAAAGAAAGG